UCAGCCUUUGCUGCACGGAUGGGCAGAAAUGUGGAACGUUGGGCUGACACAGCCGAGGCUGUAACCCGAGAGGAGGUUUUAGAUCUGUUUGCAAAAGAACUGUUUUACAGACGCCUCCCUCGAGAUUUGAUGGCUCUGGUCAGAGACCAGCAGCCCCGUUCUCUGACUGAAGCAGGCAUGCUAGCCGAUCGUAUGUUUAAAAACAGAGCUGAAGAAAAGUAUACUUUGUUUCGGAGACCGGAGUACGUUCCUGUGAAACCGCUGAGGCGAGAGACCGCAGGUAUGCAGAAACCAGGGCAACCGGCGAAGGAAGAGAAAGGGGGGCCUGCUGGCUACUUCAAAGUGCCUUCCGCCCGGCCCGAGGCUGCAUUGCAAGAGAAGCCCCGUGGAGAAAUAAUCUGCUUUAAAUGUGGGCAAAUUGGUCAUAAGGCUAAUUCCUGUUCUAAAACCUUGUCUAAGCCCAAUCCUGCUGGAAGGAAGAACCCAAAGGUUGCUCCAGUUGCACGCGUGAGAGACUUAACGUCCCCUGGAGCGGAACCUCCUGAACUUUCUUCAUGGUCGUCAGCCGAGGAGAAUGAAGGAGCAGAAUCGGAUUUUGUAUUUUCUGCCCCAAAUUCACAAGACCGUCCUGAGACCCCUCGUGGACCAGUUGUUAAAGCCCUGUCGGAAGCUGAACCAGAUUUCCCAAGUGGAUCCGUAUCCUUUGCCUAGGAUGGACCAUUUAAUAGAAAGACUGGGAGCAGCAAAAUACAUCACUACACUGGAUUUAACUAAGGGAUAUUGGCAAGUGCCUCUAGAUGGGGACGCUGCUGUGAAAUCUGCUUUUGUCACGCAUAUGGGCUUGUUCCAGUUCAAGGUUCUCCCAUUCGGACUUCGAAAUGCCCCAGCCACGUUCAUGAGGCUUAUUAAUUCUGUGAUUAAUGGCCUAGGUGAAUUUUCUUGUGCGUAUCUGGACGAUCUGGCCAUCUUUAGCCCUGACUGGAAGUCGCAUUUGAACCAUUUGAGAAUUGUUUUACAGCGACUGCAGGCCGCUGGACUAACCAUCAAAGCGCAGAAAUGUCAAUUUGGU